AUUUGUCAUUUUAUUAUUUUAAAUAGAUACAUUGUUAUAAAAUAAUGUAAUAGUUUUAGGGCAUAAAAAAAAAUUGUAAACAAAUUAAAACUCUUAUUUUCUAAAUUCUUGCAAACACGUUAUUUACAUUAAAUUAUUUUAUAAUUUUAUGCAAACUAUUUGGUAUGAAUGGAAAAAAACCAUUCAACAUUUUAUUUUUAGUAAAUGGAGUAAAUUCAAAAUUCAAAGGUUUUUUAGCCAGACAUUUUAUUGAUGGAACACAAAGUUUUCCAUGAUUACUAAUGAAUGAUGUCCAAAGUGAUGGUUCUCUCUUAUCGCUAUCUAUCAGAUAUGAACUCCAUUUAUUUGUUUGUAACAUAGUAUUGUCAGGAUUUUGGUCAUUGUUAUUACCAUCCAAUUUCAUUUCUUCAAUAACAGCUAUAGUAUCUAUGCCAGAGAAUUUAUACGGAGCAACAACAUCUUGCAGUACAUUAUCGCCCACAUACAAACACUUUGGGUUAGUCUUUCCGGAUUCUUUUUUUAAUAGAUUAUAUAGUUGAUUCCAAUUUCCUUGACUGUAAAUAUUGCCAAAAUGUAUGUUGUCCACAAUGUCACAUUCAUUUAACAUUUCGGCGUCUGUACUGUAAAAUGGUCUGUCCGAAGUAAAAAAUCCAGGUUUUCUUGCAUAGAAAACUGCAAUGUCAAAUAAUUCCUUCCAGUUUGUACCUAACGACUGAGUAGCAGUGAAAUUGGCAUAGUCUAGAUGGGAUCCCGAUAUGAGAAACACUUUUUUAUUUUUUUUUAAUUCCCUGAGCCAAUCAAGUACAUAGUCGGGACACUUGUUAUAAUAUAAUGAUGGAGUAGAUUUCAAACAUGGAAAAUAAUCGCCAGAAUUUGCUGAAAAGUUUUCCCUCGAGUACAUGCAGAUUAAUCCUUUCAAUAUAUUAGGCCAGACAUUGUAGCUUUCAGGGAAACAUACAUUAUCAAUACCAUCUAUGCACCGUCCGAAUAUAAGCGACACGGGAAUAUCAAAAAAGUCUAAGAGAGGUCUGAUUUUUUCAGAUAUCGGUCCAUUCCAUGUUUCCAUGAAGUUGUCUACAAACACAUCGGUUACUGCCCAGGUUUUGUCCUGUCCAUACACAGAUAAAAUGUCUUCGUCAGACAUAAACUUAGUGCCAUGAGUUGCUCGUAAUAUCUUACCACUGCCAUUUAUUUUCAAGAUGUUUCCCUUUUCCGUAUCUAAAAUCAGACCCCUCUGUAAAAAAUCGAAAUCAAUGGGCUGCCGUAGAUGGUCAGCCGAAUAAUUAUGAUUAUUUAUUAGAUAUUCGACUAGUAUAUCAUAAAUCAUUUGCACCAUGGGCCCUAUUCGGUAUUCGCAGAGCGUAUUGUCCAAAUCGAAUCCGAUACAGUCGUAGUCUGUUAAUUUAAACGUUUCGGUCAUCCUUUCAAUAUUCCAAAACGUUUUCAAGUACGGAGUCUCGAAGUUUUCCUUAACAAAACUUCUAACUCGCCGACGUCAUACGAUAUCGUAAUCACUGAUCGGGUUUGCAAAUGGACGAUGAUAAUUACGUAAACGCGCGUUUUUUCUUAACCUGAAAAAAAAAAUAUAUAUCGAUUACGCCAAUGAUAAAAUAUUUUACCUUCAUAAUUAUUGUGUUAGGUCGCGCAGUUUCGGUUUUUCACGUCGUAGUGUCGUGCCCGCGGACAAUAAAUAAGUCGUGCCGCUGAACACACGGACGGAUACUUGCACAAACAAUUGACCGUACCGGAAAGACCGGCGACUGGUGAGUACCUAUGUAGGAUUUAUGAAAAACCUUACCUUUGGGCAACGUGCCCUCUAAAAUUGUCGAUACGUUCGACAAUAUUCGGCCGAGACGGUUCGGCACACGCAAACGCCUCGAUCGCACGGAAUUCCGUAGGGCACUGAUAACCGCCGUCCGAACUGUCAGACAUUAUCACCGACACCCCGCAACAAUACCAACAAUAUUUUGUAACGCGACGCGAUUUAUCAAUAUGCAAAGGUUAUUGCAUUAAUGAAAUGAUAUUCUAAUUGCUAUAGUUGCCGCAGAUAAAAGCGAUUCGUACGAAAAGACAUACAAAUGUGUAUUCGUUUUUAUUGUACUCGCGGCGGCCUUAUGAACGCGUCUCGGUGAUAAUUAAUCAUACCGGCGCACUGGCGUAUUGGGCGUAUUGGCGGCCUUAUCCACUUUGUUAUCUGUCGCGGUAUUAAUGAUUCGGAAAAAAAAAAAAAAAUGUUUACAGCGGAUUUUCAAUACAGAUUUUCAAUCGAUUUCCAUUCUACCCGAUGUGAUAGGUACCCGAAUAAUCAAUUUAAACGCGAAAAAAAAAACUAACUAAACAGUUAAAUAAUGAUUACCGCCGCUCGCGGGUGGGCGGCUGUUGUAAGUGGGCAAUUCGGAAAAACAGAAUAUUAUACGAUUAUAGACCAAUUCAGUUAAAAUCCUUAACGCAAUAAUAAUCCGUCGAAAUGAUAAUGCGAUACUGAGUGGAGCCCGUUUAAAAAACUCGGUUUCUCUCAUUGUCCGUUGGUUAACGAACAAAUUGCAAUUGCAUAGGUGCUCGACUACUCGCCUAGACGUGUUUUAAAUUCAAAUUCUAAUAAGUGCCUACCUAGUCUAAUAUUUAGUGUACAAAUAUAAAUUAUAAUUUAUUUGUUUAAAACUUUAAUGUGUAAAUCGGCCUGCGGAAUUAUCAUACUACCCAACUACUAACGUCAUUACCGUUUUUAUUUAUUUUUUGUUAUUAUUAAGUUUUUAUUGUUUUAAAUCUUUGUUAAACAAUCGUUGUUGUCGCGGAAAUGCACACUGUUGUAAUCAUUUUACCGUACUAUGGCGUAUACAUUGUUGACAAAGUAACAUUGUCAACUGAACUCCGCUCAGAAUCGUUUUUUCGUCGGCAACGGUUUAUCGUUGCUUACAGAUGCUUACAUUGCAUUCUCGGCUGUAUCCUCCCAACUUUCCGCCUACAACAGUGGCUGCGCCCGCGCGCCAAGCAUGUCCGCCGUUUUUAAUAUUACAUUUUCGAAAGUAACAUAAAAAAAAAAAUCGAAACUAAGAUAAUAGUUCAAUAACGAUCUUAUAAGUCCGUCUUUCUUCUUCUUUCUCCGCAAUCUUCAAUCUAAUGAUUGGUUCGCACGCACAUUUCCACGCUUCUCCGUCGCUGGCUUUCCACUUUAAUUGUUGGUAUGAGCGAACAUUGUUUGGUCUUCUGUAAUCCGGCUCUUGUAUUGUAAUCGCGGUCUUACCCGGCGGUUGUUUCCCGUCUACCAUACCUCCAACGAAUUAGUCCCAGCAACACUCGGUGUCUGAGAAUAUGGACCAUCCAUCCGUCAGGUGUUUUCUUUAUAAUAUUUCACGAUGAUCUUUUCGCUAAAACUUCACGCGGGUCCGACUUAUCUUUUGGAUCCUUCUGCAGCACCGCAUCUUUUCUUCUCUUCUCUUUUUUUCUUUUUUUCUGCGAUUAUCUACGUUUCAUUUCUCUACAGCAUUAUGCUCUAGAUGGUGAAAUUUGUAUGUAAUCAUCGCAAUUCAAAAUAACGGUUAACGAUCGCGAUUGCAAAUAUCAUAUUACGUACACGGGGCACGUAAACGUUGUUGUAUUUAAUAGGUUCAGUCGUAAUUGCCGGUUAAUCGUCGACAACGAACGUACAAACAACAGUAGGUGCACCGGGUCAGAUAAGAAUAUAGUUAAUUAAUUAAUUAUAUUCUAAUAUUAUUCUCAUUUAUCUCGGCGGGUGUACACUGCACACGGUCGUGCAGUCCUAAAUCAUUUAGAUAUUUAUUUAGUACUCGUUCAAAAGAGACUGGCGUACUUCACCACACGAUGUGCGGCCAUUGGUUGUAGGAAAGAAGUCAGCAAGGCAGGAUAUAGAGGAGAAUCGAUUUUCGGUUGCUUGGAGCGAAUAUUUUUUCGAAGCCCUUGGCGGUAAAAAAAAUUAAAAAUACACAACAUCUAAGUAGUCAAGGAAAAAAUUAAAAAAAUUGCAAACUUGCACGUUAUACCUAUCUAUCUAAAAUGUAUUCGUUUCCAGUUUGAAAUACUGCUGUUUACGUAUCACUAAUUUCGAUUUCAUUUAAAUAUAGCAAUAUUAUAAUAAUUUUGUUAAACCUUCAUCAUUUUAAAAGUAAAAACUAAUAUAGUAAUCUCAUAACAUUUUAUUUAUUACAAUUUUCAAAUCAAAUCUUCACGCUGUUACAUUAAUUAUUUCAAAAUAAAAGACGGACAUAUUUCGCACAUGGAUGUAGCCACUGUUAUUGGUAAAAAGUUGGGAAGGUAGGAUAUAGAGACGAAAUUAAUUUGUAUCUGUAAGCAACGAUAAACCAUUGCUUACUAAAAACGAUUCUGAGGGGAGUUCAGUUGAUAGUGAUGCUUUUUCAUCAAUAUGUAUAUCAUAUUAUGGUAAAAUAAUUAAAUAGGCGUUAUAUAUUUUCUUUAAUAAUAUUUUUUUAAUAUUGUACCGAUUUUCCCGUUUUUCCCGGUUUUUCAUAUUUGCUGACCACUGAAACGUUUAUACCUAUAUACUAAAAUAUUUUGUGUUGGCCGGAUGCUCCAUUGCCAUUAUGUUGUCACGUGAAAUCUUGACGUAUUAAUUUGCAGCCCAAAUCAUAUAAAUACAAAUCAAUUUUUAUUUUUAGAAGUUCAUAUUUUAUUUCUUUUCAUAAAAUCAUAAAUUUCUCAAGCCACGGGUCAAAAAUUUUUAAACUUUUCAUAUAGUAUUCCGGGAUCCGGAUGCUCCCCGAAAAUCUGAUGCCUGGGGCAAGUAACCUUUAAACCCUCUGUCAAAUACGGCCCUGCGUAGAGAACCUUGAAUCUUUGUGAUAACGUGCACCGAUAUGUGAUAUUCGACAAUAAUAACUUAAGAAUAGUAUGCGUUUAUUGAAACGUAUAACCGCGUUUCAAGUAAAAAAUUGUACUUAUACGCAUUGACGAGAAACCAAUAGAUGAGUAUACACUGUGUAUACCUGGGUGUUAUACGAUCGACUACAACAAUGGGUGAUGUACAUAACUGUGAGCCAGAGUUAUCUUCAUGAACAAAUAUUGGAAAUGGGUUAUACUUACAUAGAAUAUUAUUCUAUAUCAUAGAACACAACAGAUUCCUAAAUUAGUAUAUUUUUCUUGUAAAAUUAUGAAAAUUUUCUAACAGCGGUAGAAUGUUGACAAAAAAAAAAAUGACGUUAAGGAACUGUAUUAAAAAAACGUGACUUUUUGAUUUAUUAGAUAAUUGUUUUAAAAAAGUUACCAUUUGGGAUCUCUGAUUAAUAGUAUGAUUUAUCUUAAUUUUUAAUACACUAUAUUUUAAUUUCAUAAUAAUGUGACACUAUUAAAACAAAACAAAAAAAUAAAAAUCACGUAGGUACAGCUAAUCCUAAUCGAAAUUAGUAUACAAUGUGAAAUAUCUUAAAGAUUAAUCAACUUCAUAUUAUUGCAUGACGAAGCAAAAUAAAACGUACCCUACCUAUUCUAUUUAAUUAUUUGAUAACUUUGUUUUAUAUUUAGUAUUACACUACUUAUCUAUUGAAUUUCCAAGUCAGUUAUAAAAAAUUAUUAUUUAGAUUUACGUUGUGAUAUUUAUUUUAUGUUUGAAUAUGCGUAGUUAGGUUUCAGGAAAACUUCGGAAAGUAUCGGAAAGCGUAAAUUUGUGUACGUUUUACUGAGUACACUCAUUUUUUUUAAAAUCCUUUAUAUAAUCAACUCGCAUGCAAAAUAUUAAUAGAAUUCUGAAUAAAAUUAGGUACUUGUUUGAAUUUCUUUUACACAAAAUGCAAUAUAGUAAAGUACCUAUACGAUUUUAAAUGUUGAGCUCAACUAGUAAUGUUUUGUUUUUAUUUUGACGGUUUUCUAUCUGUAAAUAACAUUUUUACCGGAAUAUUUCUUCGAUUUUCAUACGUAGCAUCUUUUCUUAAAGCAAAUUGUAUCUUAUUGGGUAUAAUUUUAUAAGUCAUUUUUCGAUUUAAUUUUAAUUAGUUUUCUUAAUAGUUGAGGAAAAACCGAAAAAUGUACGGUAUUAUCGAUUUCAUUAAUUUUCGAUCAUGUUUUUAAAAUUAAGGUCGUCAAAUUGAUCAUAGAAAUACGCUAUUUUGUGUUUUUUAAAUUAUUACGACAUAGCGGUAAGAACAAAUUUUUAGAAAACUAUUUGCCCGAAAUUCUUCGUCAACGCAAACAUUACUUAUUGUAUUAUAAAUUAUACGAAUAGUAAAAUCUAAUCAAAAAACAACACUAGGUCACCAUAUAUUACGAAACUUUAACAAAUUAUACAUUUGAUUUUAAUAAUAAUUUUAAAAAUAAGCUGAUACUAGGGACGGGUGCAGCCACUGUUAGGUUAAGUUGGGUUGGGUAACCUGAUGAAAAUCUGGCAACAAUCUAGCAAAAAAUUUGAAAUAAAGGAAUUCUAGUGCAAAAACUACUGUCUACUUGAAAAAAAAAAUCGUAUUUUUUGUCUUUUUUGGUUUUUUCCAAUUCUUAUGAAAACAACUUCAGAUAUCAAAAAAUGACUUUCUGAUUAUAUAUUAAAAGAAAUAAAUCCGCUACGUUCCGAAUCUAAAUAACGUUUGAGUACAAUUGAAAACAUUGAUGCUUAAUACAAAUAAAAAUUACCUUUUACAAACUCAACCUAUUAUAAUUUAAGCGACUCAAUUGUCUCGAACCUUGUCGCGCCUUGGAAACCGUAAAUUUUGCAUUCUCCGUAUCAUCAUAUACUUUUAAUUUUGGACUAUAUGCACGUCUUGUGUCAAGGUUUAUUAAAAAAAGUGUAUGCAGCAACAUCAAGAUUAUUCUUUAAAUAUUACGCAUACAAUUAUACCGAUUGAAUAUCAUACAACCGUACAGAAUUGCUUAUUUUAAUUUCUUUGAUAAUCAUUAAGUAUUAUAGAUUAUGUAUAAGUAUAAGUAUAUCUACAAUUCAUACAAUAUCAUAUAUUGUAAAUACCUAACCUAACCUAACCUAAUCACCCAUUGAAAAAAAAACUCAGAGACCACGGCUACUUUAAAUUCUCUCAUCACGCCACUGAGUCUUAAAACUUAUAGUUGACACCGUCUACUCAAGUAUAUUUUUCCAUUAUUAAGAUAUUACUAUUAUGCACUUCCUUAUCCUGUAGGUAUUCAAAACAUUGUUUAUACAUUUUUCGUUUACCGAGACUUCAAAUAAUAAUAAUAAAACAAAAACGUUAUCAUUUACAAUUUACAUUUGUAUUGUUGACAUAAUAUCGCGGAACCAACGCAGAACUGAAUAUGCUGCAUCCCACAAUUCCAGUGCGUAAUCAUAACUACAAUAAUAUAAGUGCUUAUGACGUAAUGGUCAACUAAAUUAAUAUUAAUAUUUUCGAAUUGUUGUCGUUAAUAAAUUGUUUUGUCGCCGGUUUUUACAGCAAAAUCAGAUCGUCGACUAUGUACACUAGACCGUCUGUCGUCAUUAUGUCCGUUUCGAUUAUUUUGGCAUUAUUGACCUACAGUGUUUAGAAACACAAAUUUAAUUAUGAAUCGAGUAGUUAAUAAUGAGGUCUGUGUUUACUGCGUGCGUACCGUAAUUUUAUCGGUGUCUUUGCUGUGGGCGAUUCGGACGAUACCGUUUUUCGUUUGUACUUCGUACUGCCAACGGUCAUUGACCAAUGUCGACGGCAAAAUACGUUCGGCCCGAUGGUUGUUCAAAAUAUUUUGCAACUGCGCCGGACUAUUGAGUAUUCGUUCCAAUUCCUCGGUGCCCAGUUUCUGAAACGCGUAGUCCGUCGGCACGAAAUAUGUGUUUUGACAUCCCCGAUGAUACCUUUCCAACCUUAGCGUCCGAGUCAAUAAGUCCGUCGCCUGAGCGUAUAAACUGCGGUUGUGUUAAAUAAAAAAUAUAUUAAUAUGAUAACUUGGGUUUAGUUUUCAAUGAAAGAGGGAGGGGGGGGGGUGAUUUAAGGUUAUGGUCUAAAAUGAUAAUUAAAUGGUCCGGACUUGCAUUAUGGAGAGAACGGAGACUGUAAUCGAAGACAACAGGAAAUCGAUCACUAAAAAUACGCAUCGCUUAAGAUGGGAGGAUUAUGUUGUCAGCUUAGUUUAGGAGCGGUGGAAUAUGGAGUACAACGCGUAAGAUAGCGGAGGACAGAGAUAAACUGAAAAGUAUUUACUUGGAGUGUUGGUCUUGUUACCAAUGGUAAAAUGCUUUCCAAAUACAUAAUUCGAUUCACGUAAAUAUACACUAUUGAAAUGAAAUUUGUGUUUUGGUAAUUUUUUUUAGUUUAAGCUCAUAAGUAUAUAUUAUACGAAUUAAUAGUUUACGUUUGGCAAUUCAAAAUAUUAUUUCAAGAACAUUUGUUCUUUUCGUGAAAUUUACUACAUUAAUAGAAUUCUUCAUCAAUACAAAGUGUCAAUUAUUCUAUUUUUAUGAUCUCGAUACCGUCUUUAUCUUUUUGAAAGAUAUUCCGAGGGUAUUAUUUCGCUAAAUGGAUUAUAAUAACUACGAAAUGUGCAAUAUAAAAGUUUCGCCCUUUCGCGGCCAAAAUUGUAUAUAGGGCUAUCUCCCGCGCGUUUCGAUGACCCAUGGCGUUUAGAGAACUUUUUACCUGAAACUGUCGUUUUUUCUGAUAAUGUCUUCGAUGGAUAUCGUCGGUGGGUAUAGUACGCUGUCGAUCUCGUAUACGGCCCCGUUGUAGGCGACCGGAGAAGUCAGUAAAUCUACCUGCCGUCCUUCGACUCCAUAUUCGUUUUGGACGCAUUGAAGGCGCAGUUGUUUUCCGUGAGCCAAACUCUCGACCGUUUUACCGUCGUAAAUGUUCUCGGCCGUUACGAUUUCCCUUGUCGCAUGGAAAUUUACAAAUGCCCUUGCGGUACCCAGGUCGGAUUGAAUGCGAUGCCGUUCCAUAUGGUCCAUACCUCGAAGAAAGUGUUACACAACAAUAUUGUAUAUAAAUGUGUUCAGUUAGAAAACCUCUACCAAUUUUAGUCGACCAUUUAUAAAAUAUAUUUAAAAUUCGUGUAGAGAAAUCUCGUAUUUAAGGAGGAAAAUUAGAUAUAUUUCUUACAUUGACUAUUUUUUAGUAUAUAUUAUUUAUAUUACUAUUAUUUUUUUUGAAAUUUAAAUUUAUUUACUUUUUAUUCAGAAAAAUCAAAACUUUGUUGGUAUUCAGUGGGUGUUAAAAAAAAAAAAAACGAACCCGUACGAAAACCUAUUGUUAUUUAAAACGGAACCGAUCUAACUACUGUAAUACGAAGGAGGAUAAUUUAGUACCUAAUAACUAUAAUUCGCUUAAACAAACUUAUAACAAUUACUAUUUACAACUACGCGUAUCUACAAAAAAAAAAAUAAUAUAGUUAUUCGAAUUUCGAUUUCAAUAAUAAUUCUAUAGGGCAUAUCAAAUUAAAAAUUGCUUACAAAAAUAUAUAAAUUAAUAUUGCAUCUUUAUUUUUAGCCUAGGUAUCUAAAAAUUGUCCGAAUUCAAUUUCUUUCCUUAGAAGAGUCUUAAAUACGCUACUGUGUGACUUACAUCUGAUAGCUUGGUUGGUCGGCGCAAAAAUGGUUAAAGCGUUGAAGUUUUCAAACGUUUGCGUGAGACCGGCAAUGUUUACGAUUUUAACGAAUUCGCUCAGGCCAGCGUUCUGCUGCAUUAUCUGCAAAGCUGAUUUUCCUGCGAUGUUUAAAAUAUUUGUUUUAUCUAGGUGCUUAUUUCAAAACUUUUAUAAUAUAUUAAUAUUACGAGUAUUGCUGUACCUUCUUGGGUGCUCAAUGCGAAAUUUGUCGAGUAAAGCAAUCCGUUGGAUGAUAAUUUUAAUUUAUUACCGAUACAAUUCCCUUGAACCGUUACCGAACCGGCCCCGUCACAACCGAACUUCAAGUAAUGCUUGUUCGACAAACUUUUGACGUAGCGUUCUUCGGUAACCGCGUUCAAACAAAUUGACGCCGGUAUUAUAUGUUUUAAAACAAACUCUGUAAGGAUUUGAAAAAAGAUUAUUAAACAAGAUACACUUGUGAUUUGAACAAAAUACAUACCCUACUUAUAUUAUAUAGUAUUUUUUUUCUUAAGUAAAUUAUUCAAAUCAAUCAAAAUAGACUAUACUAUAUAAUAGAUCAAUCUUCGAAGGCACUCAUUAUUUCGGAUAUUUAGAUAAAUUUAUGAAACGAGCAGCUUUAAAAUGUUACUUCACCGUUUUUUUUUAGUCACCCUUAUUUUAGGGAUGAAACCAUAACCUACUAAAACCCAAUUCGUCAGGAAUACCCAAUAAAACAAAGCAGAGCGUAACGAGGAAAAGUUUGUAAUAUUAUAACCCUAGUAGAAAAUUAAAAAUUUAAUCUGUACAUAUUAUAUAUUAUUUUUUUUUUAAAUUGUUGGUACUUAAUUCAGAGCCGCGUUUAACGGAGGACAAAUGCGUUGGGGUUGGCAAAUAAUAAUAACCUAAUUGUUGUGUAGUCAAAAUUAAUUUUACCCAUUGGUGGCAGCUUUAUGCGGCACUGAUUUAAAGUAUCUAAAAUAGUUAUGUUUGCCGGUAUUUUAUUAAAUUUUAGUCUGUGGAAGUGUUUCUUACAAACCCGUGGAAUUUGAGCACACAAUUUGCUGGGGAGGGGGUUGAAAUUUGAAACAUUCCAAAAGGUCAUUCUGGGAACUUACAUCAUGCAUACAAAAAUGUCAUUCCCUGGUUUCAUUUGAAGGCCUGUAGAAGUGUACAAAGCUAUAAUAUGGUGAUAUUCAUAUUGACAUUCAGCUAUUAUUUCAGAGGGAGUCGCUGAAAUUGUAUGAAAGUGGCGGGAAUAAAAUACAUAAUAUAUAUAUAUACACUACAGGAUAUCACAAUACCGUGUAAUAGUCAUUAUUUUCGGAGAAAAAAUUGUAUUAGAUUAAAAUUGGUUUAAUUUGUAUGGAAAAGGCAUGGUAUCUAUGACCGAUUAUAUGCGUUAUAAAUUUGACUUACAAAUAAGGCAAAACAUAUUAUAAUAUGUUAUUGAAUUAUACGCGUACCUCUGCUAAGCGUUUCGUUGCAAAAUAUCCUGUGUAGUUGUUUUUGAGGGAGCAGUCGUAGUGUAGUAUCUGUCGGAGCCAACACUGUGAGUGUUUGAAACGUUUCUUUUAGACUCUGAUGCAUAAGCGAAACUUUGAGCAUUUGUGAAAAUAUUGAUAACUCUUUGUUCUGUAUGCAAUGUAAAGUAUAUAUUAUUAAUUUGUUGGAUCGACUUAGCCGGGCGAGUAUAUUUAUAUCUAUAACUGUAUUUCAAUUAUCGGUUCAAACCUGGUUUAUGGUUUGCACUAAAUUUUGUUUCGAAUAGCUGUACGGAUUGAGUACAUUGUUUAUUAAAUGUACCAUUCCGUUUUGAGCGAUACUGUUCUUUCGCGUCAGAGUGACACAAUUUACUGUAUCGAUCUGUAAUUUAAUAUUAUAAUGUUUAUUUAAUCGCAUCUCCAGUAUCAGUGACGUGCUCACUGCUCAGUAAUUGCAUAUUAGUGGCAUUUUCAGGUAGAAAUUGGCACUUGGCACACACUGUUUCAAAUAAUGAAACAUAAUAAUAUAUCGUUUUGUAAAACGCAUCAAUUUAUUUAUUCACAUUUAAACGAUAAAACGACAAAGACCAAAUUAACGCUUUUAAAUUUUCUUACCAUUGUAUUCAGCAUCUUUUCCGAAGCAAUUGCCAUAUUUUUAUACACAUUUUCACCAAAUAUCGCAAUAAACAUUUUUAUAAUUAUAGGCAAUUCUUAAUGCAUAAAUGAGCUAUUAGAAGAAAAAAAGGUCAAUGGGGAGAGGGGUGUUAUGACACCCUUAUCCACCCUCCGUGAGCACGCCACUCCUGUUCAUAUUUUAAGACUUUUGAAUUCAAUUAAUUCAUAUUAUACAGUUGAUAAGAGCAGUGCAGUAUUGUGUUAAAAUAUACCCAAAGUGUACUUAAAAUUCUGCUUACUUUUGUGGAGUACUUAUUAAACCUUAAUUGGAGUCCGUCGUUUAACGUGUCUAGCAUCUCGUCCACCGAUACGUUUUGGGUUACAAUCCUCCGAGGUACUACGUGGUAUUUAAGUAUUUCGGUAGCCGAUUCGUACGAUUCCAAAGCCGAUCUCAACUUACUGUCCAUUUUCUAAGAACAACGAAAAACAAAUAAAAUUCACUAUGCAUUUUAUUAUUGUGUUUAUUGUUUCGUCGGCAAACGCGAUAAUUACGGCAAAAGCUUCGUCCGUGGGAACAAAUAUUGUAUACGGGCCGCCGCUGGUUAACAAAUCGUACAGACCGUGCCGUUGGAUGUACCGGACAAACUCGCACGCGCCAAGUUCUCGGGCGGUUUCCAACACGUUCUUCGGUGAUUUCACUGGGAAAUUUCGACGGUUUUACGAUGUGAUGGUUCAAAAUGUCGGAGCGAACAUAUUUUAUAACCUUCGAUUUAUAAUAUAUGCACUUACCUACGGUGCACCCGGAAUGCCCGUACGUCGAUUUGAAUCCUUCGCAGCAUUCGUACUUCACGAUUCUACUGGCAUAAAAACGGAAACAAAAUAAAAAAGCUGUCCUAAGAUAAUGGGGACGGGCGCAGCUACUGUUGUAGGUAGGAAGCUGGGAAGGUAGGCUACAGACGGGAAUUCAAUGUAUAUGUCUGUAAGCAACGAUUUACCAAUGCUAAUGAAAAAACGAUUCUGAGUGGAGUUCGGUUGAUAGUGUUGCUUUGUCAACGAUAUAUAAGUCAUAUUUUGGUAAAAUAUAACACAUAAUGCAUUGAUCAUUUUCUUUAAAACUAUUUGUUUAAUAUUGAACUUAUUUUUCCGUUUUUUCCGGGUUUUACCAUGUUUCUUCCUAUUUAUUGGGAAAGCAACUGGGAAAAUCAAAAGAUGACCUCCCUAAAGUACCUCUCCAGUUCGAUUUCCUUUAAAAAAAAGUGCUGUCAUAAUGAUAGUGCUAUUGUAAAUCGGAGCAAAAUUUCUGGUAAAAAAGUUGUGCACAGGAAAAUAAAUAAAUGAACAUCAUUGUAAAAUCAUAAGCUUCUUCGCUCCACUCAGAAUCUAAAGACAAAAUUAGAUUUGGAUCAACGCCGGGACGACGACUUUAAUACAACUUAACGUGUUAUGGCUGCACGUCUGUGACUGGUGAUUGUGCAACGUCCAGCCUCGGUAUUUGUAUGCGGACAAGCCGCCGCCGUUAUCAGAGAUCACUUCUUCGAUCAUGCAUACAUUGGGUCUGAAAAAUCAAACAUUGUUUUUAAAUUUCUCAAUAUAUUUCGCACGACUCGUAGAAUCUGAAUGAUUUGUAUUAUCGAACAAUAUUAUAAUCAUUAUUGCCAUUUCUUAAAUUUUAGGAAUUAUAGACAUCUAAUGUAUUUUCUUAGGUUUGGAAUGAGAUUUGUUGUAAGGAGUUUCGAAUUGGGCAAGUAUUUGAAGGGAAGGAAAAUGGGGGCAAUAACUUCACCCAAAAGCACGUGCCAUAUUUUAACCUAUAAUUAUCGUUGCAAAUGAAAAACGAUUCUGAACGGAGUUUAAUGAAAACCAUAGAAAUAAAAUGGUGGUAAUAAUUACGACACAAAGCUGAAAUUUGUUUGAUCGCUAAAUUCAGCUUAUGAUUAACCUUAUUGUAUUAAAUUUUGGAGCGUUUUUAUAGAUCUGACAAUAUGUAUAUGCCUAAAACCAGAAAAACUUUAAGAACUCGAAAAUGUCAAGUAUUUAAAAUAAAUAACUUAAAUAAAGCCAGAAUAUUUUGAAAAAUAUACUAUCAAUAGAAAAUGCUUAUAUCAUUAUGAAUUGAAUACAAAUAUCAAUUAUUUAUGAUUAUUUUCAUUUAAGUUACAAUAAUAAUGAAACAAUUAAUCGAUUUCAUUAGAAAUUGUUUUGCAUAAUUAUGUUCGGGGAAAUUUACUACUGGAAACCACUCUUCAGUUGAUGAUUAGAGUAAAAUUUCAGUUAGAAAAAAAAAAAUAAAAAAAAAAAAAUUCAUCAUAGUUAAUUAUGAUUAAAUUGUACUAUUCGUAAAAAAAAUUAUUAUCUUCUAGAUAAGGUUCCAAAUACGUGUCUGUUUCUAAUAUAUGGUUUUAUUCCCCGAAAAAUUUAGACCUACUACACCGAAAUAAAUAGAAUAAAUGUUUUUAAAAACAAUAUGAACUGUAGUUGUAUUGUUUAAAAAAGUUAUGCAUACGCGCUGAAAAUAGAUGAAGGAUGAAAAUGUUUAUGAACUUUAACAAUAUAUGUAUAGCAAAUACAAAAAUAAUAGCAACGUUCUAUUCUUUACAUACAUCAUUAUUUUAUACGUUUCUCGUAAUUAAAUUUGUCGUUAAUACGUACAAAUUAUUAUUGUAUCGUAUGGCGUUUAAAUUCAACGUCAAUCGAUGAUUUUUUUUUUUUAUGUAUUUUUGCAGUUUGAAAACCAAUAAAAAAAAUAAAAAAAAUAAAAAAAUAAUAAUAAUAAAUAAUUAAAAAAUAAAAGUUACGAAUCUAUUAUAAUAUUGCUGGCACGCGAAAACGAUGUACUUACCCAUAUUUAUGGAACGUUGUGUUUCUGCUGCCGUAAUAACGAUUUCCAUAAACCGCAUCGCGCAUCAACGCCAAACUACAAGCGAAAACGAAAAUAAUUUUAAUCAUAUUUAACAAAAGUUUAUCGUGAACUUUUUGAAUAGUAAAACUGUUGUGGUGACUACGGACUAACAGGUCGGGUUUUAUAUGAGCAAUUUCGACCACCGGAGAUUGAAAAGUAAUUAAAAAAAAAAAACCCAAUGGAUUCGUCUUUGACCCAUAUUUUUUAUAUUAUUUGUAAUCGCGAACUUAACUUCACUUGUCCAUCAUCAUGUCAAUUACAAAUGCAUGUUUUAAGAUUGCAUAUGUGUUUGAUACAGCGUAUACGCAAUUGAACUUGUAAUAUAAUUUCGAUGUUUGUUCCUUCCUGAUUACUCAUUAACCUAAUUUAUUUUCUUUAGUAUAAUAUAGUAAACCAUGAACCGGCCUAUUUGGACGUUGCCUUUGAGCAAGUCCAUGCAAAACAAGCUGAAUAAACUCGGAAUCAAAUGUUGUGAAGAUCUGGUUGAUUCGCUUGGUAACGUGUAAUUUGUCUGGUUUAUGUAAUUCGUAUUUGAUUUCGAACGCUUAUAAAAAUAUAACAAUGUACAGUAAAUUAUUAUUAUUGUCAUGUUGUUUAUACGUGCAGACGAUCCCGAACUAAAAUCAAAAUAUUUGAGGACCCACUUGGAAUCGGAAUCGGAAAUUCGCAAUAUGCUAAAGCCCCCCAAACCCGUGACAGCCGCAGAACUCGUAAGUAUAUUGUAUACUUGGUUUUUUCUUUUUUUUCAAUUAAUUGGUUUUCCGAUCGUUUAAAUAAUAGUUAAAAAUAUCUAUGUCUAUUUGUCUAUUAUUAUCGUGUACCAUACGCUAUAUAAAACAACCGUUAUUUCGUAUGCAUUAAUUAUUAUUUAUUAGACGUCUUUUGUUUAUAGUAUAUUGCUAAAAUGUACGGGUUCAAUUUUAUUGUGAAUAACUAACAUUUGUGUUUUCUAAAAAAAAAAAUUUAAAAAUUAAACAUGUACACACCUAUGACUGCAGUGCGUGUAUCUUUAGCGCGUAAAACGCAAGAAAAGCGUAGCAGAAGAAAUUAACAGUAAUAAUACACGUAUUCAUUUUGGCGUUUACUGCUCAGGAUAUAGAGUGCGACAGUAUAGCUACGUUUUGUAAGGCUAUCGAUGAGAUUUUAAACGGAGGCGUUCAACUCGGACGGAUAACGGAAUUAUCUGGAGCUCCGGGAUCGGGGAAAAGCCAACUAUGGUACUUUUUCUGUUUUGUAGUUGAUUGUAUAUCUAAUCAAUAUGUUGAUCUGAUUUUAAUAUUUACACUUUAUGCCCAAUGCAUUUUCAGUAUGCAACUUUGUGUUUCCGUUCAAAUACCAACGUGCUUCGAAGGCCUACAAUCUGAAGCUAUUUACGUGGACACUAAUUCGAAUUUUUCAGAGCAUCGGAUAACAGGUGAAUUAUUUUCAUAUAGCAUAAUAUUAUUUUAAAUAUUACCGUAACAGAACAUUAAAUUGCCUCUAGUUAUUUUUUAGUAUAACAACAUAUUAACAACAUAUAUCGAAUUGUUCGCGAGUAGACCACGGUUGUAGGUAGUCGAAAAGGCGUGAAACAAUCGUUAAAUAAAAUAAAGUUUAAAAAAUCUUUUUUUUAGAAAAAUAAUUAAGAAUUUCAAAAAAAUUGUUCAAAUAGAUUGUCACAUGAUCAAAUGAAUUUUUAGCUAAGUAGAUUAUCACGUAAUUGAAAAUACCGCAUUUUUUAAGAUAUACCAUGAAGAAAUCAGAGAACUGUUCCUUACCGAAAAAGCGUUUUCUGAGAAAAACACAUUUAGUUAUCAGUUAUUAUAACGGCCAUACUAUUACAUAUUUUAAGGUAUUUAACUACGUUCUGUAAUCAUAGACGUGCGCAGAGUUCUGAGUCAAGUAUGAUUUAUCGUCAUCAAUAACGAUUUAAGGACAUAUUACUGAAUAACACAAUUAAAAAACACUCGAAACGUAUAAAUCUACUAAGCGUAUAGCGUAGUCAUAUGAUUUUAAAAUAUUAAAAAUUAACGUUAACAUUAAUUUGUAUUUAUAAAUAGGUCAUACAUUUUUAUAUUCAUAUAUAAUCAAUACAUUAUAUAUGAAUACGCUGUCUCCCGACUGAUUACAAAAAAUUACUGUACAUAUUAUAGAUACAGUACUUUAUACGAUUCCUGGAAUUAAUUUUUUAAUUCGUAAAUUUACCAGCGGCGGAUCUAGGGAGGGCGGAGGUAAUAGUUUUUAAAUUAUUUUAUUUUAUUUAAUUAACAUUAAUGUAAAUAAAGUUUUAAAAUAUAAGAAAUUUUCACUUGUACUCCGAAUGUUAUACAGUUAUAAUAAGUUACAACUUGAAUAAAUAUACGAUACAGGUAGUAAACACAAUUCGGUAGUUGGUUGUAUACUUUCUAUAUUUAUAGUCUUUUGAGUAAAUGUAUAAACGUUAAAAACUAAAAACUUGGUGAAAUAUUAGCAAAAUCAACCGUUUUUUCGUUGUAUAACCAUUUCGUAACACUUAUUUUUAUCUUUCCUAAUAACAAAUAAAAAAAAAAAUACGUAAAAUUGAAAAAAAAAAAUGAUCGUAUCAAUACGAUCAAUAGUGUGUGUAGGUUAACUUUUUAAAUCCAUAAUAAUGUUUAUUUCGCAAAAGUCGUUAUUUUAAUCAUUUUCAAGUAUCUGUAACCGAUCAAAUUUUCGGUGUUUUGUCAAUCGGUAAAUUAUCAUUUCUCACACUUGUGUAGAGUUUUUAGUGUAUAAAUAUUAAGUUUGCGUCGUCUAAAUAUUUAUUUAAUUUUACCACUAUGUAUUAAAAUUAUAUAAUUAUUAUUAUUAUUAAUGUAUUUUUGUUUGUUAAUAUGCAUAUUAUAUUCAUUUAAAUAUUAUUUAUACAGAAACAUUAAAUGGGUCGUAUUUUUUUUUUUUUUUUUAAAUUCUUCUAGAAAUGAUUAACGCUUUCGUCGGCCAUGUGUCUAAAUCGUUGUCUAACGAUUUCAAAGGAGUCGAUAACGAAACACUCAAGUGUUUGAACACCGCCGAAAUGUUGAGUAAAAUACACCGGAUUCAAAUGAACGACCUAAACCAGCUGCACAUUUUGUAUACAACUCUUGAACGUCAUCCGAAUGUAAUAAUAAUAAUAAAAUUAAUAAAACUGAUCAUUUGUUGUGUAUACACAUUAUUCUAUAUGACAUCGAUAUCGUGUUGAGAGUUUAUUUUGUCGAUUUCAGGUUAAAUUGAUUGUAGUAGAUAGUUUUGUUAUGCCGUUAUAUCCGAUUGAAAAUUCAUUGAAAAAAAAUACACUUGUGCACAACGCCAUUGAUUUAUUACAAACGAUCGCCUACAAACAUAACUUGGCUGUAAGUAUAUUAGUGACAAUAUUUCUUUUUUUUCCCGUCUUUGUCGGCAGUAAGUAUUUAUUUUAAAAUUUAUUUAUUAAAUGUAUAACAGGGUAUUUUUCAAGGAGGUUUUCUAUGACGUCCAAAUGGACACGUAUAGUUGAGUUCAUCGGACACCAAGUUGAGUAUGACUUUUGCUUAGUGUGUGUCCACUAGAAAAUAAAUGGUGAAUUAUUGAAUUAGUAGAUUUUGUAAUAAAAUGUUUUGUUUUAUUUUAAUACUUUCACUGAUGUACAGGAGAGGGGUAACAUAAGAAAGUUCAAAAUUUAAGGGGGAAGACCCGGUCCAUCUGUUUGUAGAAGUUUGUUUAAAGUAAGGCGGAGUAGACACAUAGCGGAUAUUCACUAAACAAUUUCCUGAUGUAUAAUAUAAUUAUUAGAUACAGAUUUUAUAGCUUAAAAUAAACAUUUUACUUAUCAAAAAAAAAAAUAAAAAAAAACAUUUUAAUAUAAUUGUUAUUUCAGGUUAAAAUAUUAAUAGGCGUGCGUACAUAUUUCGUUAUUGGUAGCUAUAUUGUUGGGUAAAUUGUUUUAGCAGGAUAAUAUUAUGUACAUAAUUAAAUGUGCUAUAUUAUAUUAACACACAUGGUGUAAUUUUGUGUUUUAAUAAAUACAUUUUAAAGCUGAUUAACUAGUUAAUGUGCUUGUGUUUAAAUUCGUUCCUAUAUAGACGUGUCGAACUCGAAAGAAUUUGUAAAGAUUUCAUUUUGAAACGAUUUUUACCUAUAUGUGCUUAGCAAACAGUUAAUUUUCCAUUUAUCUGUAGUUUAUAUAACUCGUUGAAAGUUGAAACUAAUUUUAUAGUCGAACAAAAUUACAUGUAAAACCUGAAAAAUCAAUUUACACAAAAAUGUAUGUUAGGUUGGGUUACUGUAGUAGGCGUGGCUUUGAAAAAGUAUAGGAUAUAGAGUAACUUAGUAAUUUAAUUUGUAUAUAAUAAAUCAAUGCAGUCAGUAAACGAUUUUCAUUAGUAGAUUUUUCCUCCGCAUAAAUCAACAAAAAUAAAACUGAUAUUUCGGAAUUUAUUGUCAGUAUGUUAAAUUUUAUUAAAAAACUGUUGGUAAUCUAGAAAGAUGUUUCAAAAAAAGUAAGUACCGCCAAGCGGAAAUUCCGCAUUUUUUGUGUUACUGCGUGAAAAAAUCGGAGCACUUUUGCUAACCCUAAAAGUGUUUUCAAAAAAAAAAAAACCACAUUUAAUAAAAUUGUAAUAGUUCACUCAGAAUCUAAAAGAAUAAUCGAAUAUCGGUAUCGAAUACAUCAUAAUCGAAAAUUAAAUACGGAUUCACUAUAGUACAGGUAGAUAGGUGAAAAUUAAAUAUAGAAACUUGUAAUUUGUUGUCUUUAGUGCAUUUCGUUUUUAACAAACAUAUGUGAUUUUAUAUAGGUAGUCCUGACGAAUGACCUGACUACAGUGGUUAAUGAAAAUGGUACGGAAAUUUUCCCAGCCUUGGGCGAUUCGUUCGCUCAUCGGGUUCAGUUUAGACUAUUGCUGAGCAAGAUUCCCAACUGUUCCGACGGGUAUACGGCAUUGUUGAAAAAAAGUAUUGAACACAGUCGUUGUGCUGCUCGAUUCAUGGUAAGUUUGAAUGAUCAACGACCAAUGAUGGUCGAUCGUGAACAGUAGAAUGGCAAACAUUUAUGAAUAACAUAUAUUUUAGCACCCAUCCCAUCAAAGUUUUAUGAAAUAUCCCCUUUAUAUUUAUUUAUUGUUAUCUAUUUGGAAAAAUUGUCUGCGUAUCUCAUUUUUUUCGAACUUCUAAUCUAUUAUCUUUGAAUAAUUAAUGAUAUGGACCUUUUUCGUGGGCGAUAUCAAAAAAAAUAAAAAAAUAAAAAAUACGGUCUUUUUCAUUGCAGCAUGCAAAAUAUCUUUAAGUCAAUUUUAGGUACAAUUAAGUACUUAAGUAGGUAUACCUAUAUUUCGUAAACUUACGGUCUUAAAUUAGAAAUACUCUCCAGCAUAAUUUUUAACAUUAUUUAAUAAUAUUUUUAUACAUUUGACAUUUGAAUUAUUUGAAUUCAAUUGUUAAUAAUGGUGAUCUACGGCUCAUAGUUCUCUCGCGGAAAAACGUCUAUACAUUUAUGAACAUAAUAUUUUUAUUUGACUAAAUAGUAUUAAUCCACGUGUUGAUAUAACCGUUAUUACCAAAUAUCAAAUACUUAUUGUUGACGCUCUUCUUACGCCCACUCGUCAAAUAUCAACCGUUGACACCUAUUGGACCUAUUAGCCGUAUGAAUAAUUCAUUCUCAACGCCAUUGGACUCGUGAGUGCGGGCGAGUCCGGGUGAUUAGAGGUAUAAGACUGUAGAAUCGUAGUGCGAUAAAUUAAUGAGCAAUAACGAUUGAUUACCGAUUUGUUCAUUAGAGGGAUGGUAGCUACGGCGGUGGUAAGUAUAGAAAGUUCCGGGGCCUCGCGCGAAAAAAAAUGUUCUACACGCCACUGCUGAGGUACCUACCUGAUAUGAUUAAUAAUUUCGUACACGCACCUACGCGUUCGACAUAAUAUAUUAGUUACAUUUAAUAAAACAAAUCUGAAAGAUAUAGUUAGGUAUAUUGCAUUAUCAUAUUCGUGUAAGUAUAUUAUGUAUGUGUACGAUGAGUUGAUUUUUUUGUCGUUGUUUUUUUUUUUUUUGCGUCAAAGGCCAUGAUUUCACGCUGAAAUAUAUAUAACGGGAUUUCAUUUGUGAUUAAUUAGACCGUUCUACUGAAAUAAUAAUGAGUAUAAACACGCGUCUUCAUCGCAACAACCUAUAGUCAUUUCAUAAUAAUAAUUCUCGAUUUCUAACAGUCAUUGUACGCGCGUUAGUUUAAGGUACUUACCCGCCUGCACUCUUACACUUGACCAGUCAUCAUCAAUAUCCUCCUAAAUGGUUUUUUUUUUUUUUUUUUUUAUUUUUUUUUUUUUUUUUAUAUUUAUUCGGUUUUUUUUUUAUUUUCAUGUAGUAUUUUACCUCGCUAUAGUAUAUGACUGCUAAACAUUUAAUACCAUUUGAUAUUAGUAAUGUGUAUAGUAACGUUUUAUUAGAACUGUUCUAUAAACUAUGCGGAAUUAUUGAAAUAUAAUUGGAACUGAUUUCCAAUUAUUCGUUAGACAAUUAAGUAGGUAUAUUAAACACCGAAUUUGUAAAACUAUAAAAAUAUAUAUAUAAUUAUAUAGUUUGUUUUUAUUAGUUAAUCAAUUAACAUUCAUUUAACGCUACGAGUUAUAUAUUUGAUCCCAGGGAAGAAGGGCUUAAGUUAAUUUUGUAUAGAUUUCAAUACGAUCAUGAUAAAUUUUAAAAAUUGCUAAACGACAUAAUUGCAUAAUACUGCUAAAUACCAUAAUUACACAUUAUUGCUAAACGAUCUAACGAAAACAUGGCGUUCUAAACGGCUUUAGUCUUAUAAUGGCAUUUGCUUUUCUGCCACACGAAAAGUACAUCAUAAUGACUUGCGAUAAUUCACUUUUCAAUAAGUUGAGUCAAUGAGUAUUACGAAUAUACGUAUACUUAUGACAUUUAGACACAAAAAAGAGCCGAUACUGGAGACGAGUGCUGUCACUGUUAUAGGUGGGUAUUCGGGAACGUGGGAUUUCUACGUUAAGUUUUAUAAUAUUUUUAUCUGUAUAUGAAACGAUUGUUGAUUGCUGAUUAAAUACAAUUCUGAGCCAAGUUCGGUUAAACAUGUUUUGAAAUGCUGUAAUUUGUAUGAUUGUAUGUCAAAACUUAAAACGCGUAAAAAAAUUACUGCAUUAAGCUUAACUUUUUUUGUCCACUAGUACAACUUGUAAUGAAUCUCUAGUUAGAUUUUCAAGUUUUUUUGUCGGGCCAAACAAUUACAUCGACAUAAAAUCAAAUAAAAACUGAAAAAACUCGUGAAUGUCAAACGUCUAUAGAUGUGUAAUUUUUAACUAAAUUUCAUUAAAAAAAAAAAAUCAAAAUCGGAAAUAAUGAAAUUUGUUUUGCUUUAAAUUUGUUCGUUUUAUUUUUAUUUUUUUUCUGGGUUUUCCCAAUUAUUAUGAAAUGUACUUGGGAAAACAUAAAAUAACAUAUUCUCAAUACACCAACUACAUUGAAAAUGCUACGAAAAAGCUCUCGUUUUUUUUUUAAUCGCAGCAAGAUUUCUGGUAGAUAAAGUUGUACGCAAAUAAUAUAAAAUACAAAACCCCACACAUUAUAGUAAAACAAAUAUUUUUUUUUGCUCUUCUUUCAGAAGUCAGAUUCUGAAAAUUAUAUAAAACAAAAUCAUAAUAAUAUAUAUAAAAAAAAAAAAAAAAAUCGUCGAUAGUUAAUUUAAGCCCUUCUUUCCCGGGACCAAAGAUUGGAAAUUAUUUGAUUUUUAAAUAUUUUCGGUUCGAUAAAACGCAGUAUAAAAUACUAUACCUUAUACUAUAUUUAAAUAUUUAUUUUGACAGAUUUCGUCGGACGGAGUGCGCGAUAUGUUAACGGAACAACAGUAACAUCUGCACCAAUACCGUCUGCUGGUAUGUGUACCUACGAAGAGAGAAAAUCGGUGGAAAUUUCAUAAAAUAAAAAAUCGUUUCAUACAUUGUGUAUAAAUAUAUGCGAACGAGUGCCUAAUUAUCUACCUAAUAAAAGAAUGUAUAUAAAUAUAUUUAAAGUCAGAAAAAUAAACGAUCGAAAUACGUCGGGGUUAUAAUAUAUGCUUAAAUGUAGUUUAACGACCCG